AACACGUGUUGCGCCUCCUCCGCCUCCCAUUAGAAAGGGACAAGUGGUGGCUUUGGAAGCAAUUCGGAGCUAUAAAGCAAAGCAAGCUUCAGAGCUGAGUAUCGAGGAAGGUGAUCUGCUCUUCAUUCUGGACCAAAGCAAUUCUGACUGGUGGAAGGCCAGGCUUGAUGACAAGGAAGGACUGGUUCCAAGCCGAUAUUUAUCUCAGACAAGUUGCCGUGUCCCCAUCAUUGAUGGGGCAAGACGUGGUAACGUGUCGCUUGUACGAGAGUGCCUCGACGCUGGCGUCAGCACCAACGCUCUUGACAAGAGCGGCAGCAGCGCCCUGCAUGCUGCUGCUCAAGGGGGUCAUCUUGACUGCCUCAUGCUCAUUCUCAAGUCACCAGGAGUGGAAAUAAACUUACAGAAUAAACUUGGAGACACGCCUCUGCACUGUGCUGUCAGUAAAGGACAUGAUGAUGUAGUUCAAGCAUUGCUUCAGGCUGGAGCUGACGCAUCAAUAGUAAACAGCGAGGGCCGCGGUGCCCGUGACCUCGCUAGACGGUCGUCGGUGCUAGGGCUGCUGGACGAGGCUCACUUACGGCAGCUGGGCGCGUCGGAGCGCCCCAGCAGCUACCAGCAUCACGAGUACGGCGACAACGAAGACUCAGACUGACACUACAGCCUGCAUGUCACGACAGCCUCUGAUGCCGUUAAUAGCGCCAAUUAUAUAGUCACAUGCCUUUAUUACCUAUAUUAAUAUGCCAACAUGUCACGACAGCCCAUGAUGCCGUUAAUAGCGCCAAUUAUAUAGUCACAUGCCUUUAUUACCUAUAUUAAUAUGCCAAUUUAUAUAGUCACAUUUAUCACCUGCUAAAAGUUGAGUGCAUGCGUCAAGUAAUAUGUUUACGCAUGCCAAAGUGUGCAAUGAUUUUUGCAACUUUCAUAAAGUCAAGAAUUGUAUCACAUGAAUAGCUUUUUAUAUUGUUCAUUUGUUAGCUGGACUAAGGUUCAUGUGCCACUUACAGCCAGCAAGAAUGACGUUGUCGACUAGCCAGCAUCCAUGUUAGUGAGUUACAUGGCGGGAACGCGUCCAACUUUGAAUUACUGUUUCUAAAAUCCAGUGUGAAGCAGACAUCUUUAAAAUGAAAAUAAUCUAUUUUUGGUACUUAACAUAGUAGGCAUAGUAUUUAUUCGUAGCAAAUAUUCAACUUUUUUCGUGAUGUUGUGAUCAAAUUAUUUAACUUUUCA